AUGCCUAUUACUUCUCUUCCAGCUGAGAGUCUUCUUCUCAUCCUCCAAAGUUGCGAUAGCAUAUCUCAGGCAAUCGCUUUUUCUUCAACAUGCAAGCGAAUCCACUCCGUCUAUUCAUCCAACAUUUACACAGUUUUAGGACGGUGCGGACAACGUGAUAUCCCCGCCUUCAGCGAGGCUAUUAUGGCAGUGCGCGCGACAAAGAUUGUGGUGGAACACUUUAAGAAGGGACAGUUUCCACCAGCCCCUUUCCCGCUCCCGUUGGAUGUAGACGCCCAAGAACCAUCUUCCGAUGAAGUGCGACAAGUCCUUGAUUGGGAGCACUUGAUCAGGUGCAUUGAAGAUAUUUGUUUGCACAAUACCGAAUGGGGUCGACAAUGUUAUUACUCAAUCUAUGAGGCCAAUUCUGACAAGCGGCCUUCGAAAUGGUUCACUUGGAGACAAAAUUUCCAUCGCUCAAUGUACCAAUCAUUCAUGAUAGGUGCAGUCUUGUGUCGGCAAUAUCAGGAGCCUUUAGCUCCGUCGAAUAAAGAUGACCUUCCUGAGCAUUUUCUGGAAAACUUUGACAAACGACUUGAUGAUCCACACAAUCCAGAAAAACCACUCAUGACAAGUAGCGAAAUGGCCUAUCUACUCAAGUACCCGGUCUUUAACUUCGAGGCCUACGAUGACCAACACCCUGUUUACGGACAGCUAGCCGACUUCUUGAGACAACAAACCGAGAACCAUCAACCAUUUGAAUCAGAGAUACUAGAUAUGUAUCCGGAGGACGCAACUCCAGAGAUUGAUCGGGACCAUGCCAAAGUACUCUAUCCCGAGAUGGUUCAAUGCCUCUUGUCCUCUAUGACUCUUUUGGAGUUCGAGGGGGCUCCCAAAAUCUUCAAGGAAGAGGAUGAAAAGGCAGAAGAAUUGUCUCGAGAAGUGACAAUUGUACCAUUAGGUUUAUUCUACCCUGAACGGAUUACUAUGCCGACCAAUCCCCGAACUGCGCACAAGACGCUUCUGCUCAAACAGCCCCUAUCUCAGAACAAGAAGAGCACUACAUGGCAUCCAUCGUCCCAAUUUAUGAACAUAAUUCUGGAGAUCAUGCACUCGUCAUCCGGCCAGCCCAAUCACUAUGGGGAGGAGUACCAAACACCGCCUCCUCCUUUACAGGUCUUUCAGUAUGUGGCCCGAACGUUCCUGGGGCUCCGCUUUUCAGACGAUGCCUUUGAAGAUGAGGAUGUCGAAGCCGCCCAUAAGCUGUUCAUGCACCAUCCACUCAUCUGCGGGAUUUUUCUGGAUGGGUGGCCUGACCUAAUUCCCACAAUGUUUGACACGCUGGAUGGAGAAGGCGAAUACGAUGCAUACUAUGCAUGA